AUGUCGACACUCCUCGACUCUGUGUUGAAUUCAGAUGUUGCUGGUGGUGCGACUCCUUCCUCACAACCAGCACGCACACCCAGAGACGUCCCUACCUCACCACGACGGACACCAGGGCCUCCUCCAUCCCUAAGCAAUGGAUUUCACUCCGAGGCAGAUCUGUUUCCCGAAGAUGAGGUCGUGGCCGCUGCGCAAGGUCGACCACGAAAUCCAAAAGAUCGAAACGUUCCCAAACUCGAAGAUGAAGGAGGGUUGAGGAUACAGGCAGCCUUCGAGGAUUUCCUAGAAUCACAUUCGGAAGAGCCUGCAUCAUCGAGUCUACCUCCUUCGAGCGAGCUAAGAACAGACAAGUACUAUGUCAAUCAGAUACAUGGAUUGAAAGAGUUCUCGUUGUCAACUCUAUAUGUGGACUACAAGCAUCUACAAAGUUAUGUUGAAGGCUUCUUGGCCAAUGCCAUCGCUGUACAAUAUUAUCGUUUCUUACCAUUCUUGACCAAGGCAAUGCACACUCUACUUACGAAGUAUGAGCCCGUAUACUUUCGAGAGCACAGACAAAUGGAAAGCACUACUUCGCAAGCAGGAGGCACGUCUAUGGGCGCGAACAUGUCAAGUGCUGAUGGCACUCAGAACGACUCCAUAUUGAACACUCAGACCGACAAGGUUUUCACCCUGGCGUUCUACAAUCUGCCACUUGUCACCCGUAUACGUCAGCUGAGGACAGACGCUAUUGGCAAGCUAGUCUCGAUUUCUGGAACUGUUACGAGGACUUCGGAAGUACGUCCUGAACUAUCGUCUGGCACAUUCGUCUGCUUGGCUUGCAACACUACAGUACCCAAUGUCGAGCAGACAUUCAGAUACACAGAGCCGACCAUAUGCCCAAAUAUGACCUGUAACAACAAAGUGGGCUGGAGGCUCGAUCUUACAAAUAGUACCUUCGUCGACUGGCAGAAGUGUCGAAUCCAAGAAAACAGCUCUGAAAUUCCAACAGGUAGUAUGCCUCGCACGAUGGACGUCAUAUUACGAGGCGAGCAAGUUGAACGUACAAAACCCGGCGAGAAGUGUAUAUUCACUGGUACUCUGAUUGUGGUACCUGAUGUGGCACAAUUGGGCGUACCUGGUGUUCGGCCCGAAGCAUCAAAGGACAACCGCUCCUUCCGUGGGGCAGAAGAAGGAGGCGCUGGUGUCAGUGGUCUCAAGGCUCUUGGUGUCAGAGAUCUGACAUAUCGAAUGGCCUUUAUGGCUUGCUUCUCACAACCCGAUACUACUACUGCUGGCCAGACUGCCUCUCAAUUGACUGGUCAGUCGACGAACAUACUCAAUUCGCUCCACCAGGUCGAUGUAUUCGAAACAUUUGAGGCUUCCCAACGUGCACAAGAAGCUUUCCUCGAGACACUCACGCCACCCGAAAUCGAGGAGCUUCGUUCUAUGGUGCAUUCAGAGCGCGUCUACUCGCGCCUCGUAAACAGCUUGGCACCCAUGGUAUACGGGCACGAAAUAGUUAAGAAGGGUCUUCUACUACAAUUACUCGGUGGUGUAUCAAAAGUCACGCCUGAAGGUAUGCCCUUAAGGGGUGAUAUCAAUAUUUGCAUCGUGGGUGAUCCAUCAACCUCGAAGUCACAAUUUCUCAAGUACAUCGCCAGCUUUCUGCCACGAGCAGUCUAUACCUCUGGCAAAGCUUCAUCUGCGGCUGGUCUGACUGCAGCGGUCGUGAAGGACGAGGAAACGGGCGAGCACACUAUCGAAGCUGGUGCACUCAUGCUUGCAGAUAGUGCCACAUGCUGCAUCGACGAGUUUGAUAAGAUGGAUAUUGCUGACCAAGUUGCUAUUCACGAAGCCAUGGAACAACAAACGAUCAGCAUUGCCAAAGCAGGGAUACACGCUACACUCAACGCUCGAACGUCCAUUUUAGCAGCCGCUAAUCCAGUUGGUGGCCGUUACAACCGCAAAGCAACUCUACGCGCCAAUAUAAAUAUGUCUGCCCCCAUCAUGUCUAGAUUUGAUCUGUUCUUUGUUGUCCUUGAUGAGUGCAAUGAGAAUAUCGACCGCCACUUAGCAAGCCAUAUUGUUAACCUACAUAUGCUCAAGGACGACUUUGUGCAACCAGAAUUCAAUACUGAACAAUUACAGCGAUACAUCAGAUUUGCAAGGACGUUCAAGCCGGUCUUCAAUCCUGCUGCAAAGAAGUUGCUUGUGCAGAAAUACAAAGACCUGAGAGCCAACGACUCUGGCGGUAUAGGCAGGAACAGCUACCGUAUUACAGUUCGACAACUUGAGAGUUUGAUCAGAUUGAGCGAAGCUAUUGCCAAGGCAAAUUGCGUGGAGGAAGUCACAGAACAUAUGGUCAUUGAGGCCUAUAAUCUGUUGAGGCAGUCCAUCAUAUCAGUCGAACGUGAUGAUGUUGGCUUCGAUGAAUCGGACGACGAAGGUGGUGAUCAGCCAGACGGCGCGCUUGCUGAAGAUGCUGUAAACGGGGACGACGACCACGACACGGACCUCGCCAUGGAUGGUACAGCUCGACAGACCUCAGCUGCACCCGCAAUCACGAAGCCUCGCACGAAAAUCACUGCUGACAAAUAUACAAAGAUGCGGAAUAUCUUCAUCAAGAAACUAUCAGACGAUGAAGAACGUGGAGACCGUGCACUAGCCCAAGAUGUUGAGACUGAGGACGAAGAAAAUCAGCGCGAACAACAAGAUGAUGCUGAUCCAGAAGAAGCUAUAGGCGGCAUUGAGCAGGAGGCGUUGAUCUUGUAUUACCUCGAGCAGGUUGAGAAUGAACUGGCUGGACCAGAAGAUAUGGCACAGGAGCAGAGGCUUGCAAGAAAGGUUCUGAAACGAAUGGAGAAGGAGAUGGAGAUUAUGGCCGUUAGAACGGAUGAUAAUUCUGCAGAUCAGCGGCUGCCAGACCAGGAGGAGGAUGAGGAUGAACCUCGACGACAAGCGAUCAAGGUGAAAUAUGUCCUUCACCCUAAUGUCGCGCUUGACGAGACACGAUAA